CCAUCCGCCUGGUGUCCCCAGGGACCCCCCAGAGCAAAGCACCCAGGGCGUGAGCAUCAACUGCCUGCUGGACUUGGCGGAGGUCAGUCGUGCACAGGAGUCUAGGUGAUCAGCAGUUCAGAGAUGACUCUCCAGCACACCAGGGCCUGCGAUAGCUGCAGGGGCUACCUGGCUAACUGUGCUGGACCCAGUAUCAUAAGGACCCUUGUCCUUUUGGCAGGGCUCUGGGCUUCCUUCCCUGGAGUGCUGGUGGCAGACCCAGUUCUGCUGCGACUAGCAAAUGGCUCCAGCCACUGCACAGGGCAGGUAGAGGUGUUCAUCGAGCAGCAGUGGGGCACGGUGUGCAAUGAUGGCUGGGAUCUUCUGGAUGCUGCUGUGGUGUGUCGGCAGCUGGGUUGUGGCAUGGCCCUGCUGGCCUCAAGCUCAGCUCAAUCUGGGAAAAGAUCCAACUCUUUUAGGCUCAGUUCAGUGCAUUGCUCAGGGUCAGAGGGGUCCCUGAUGGAGUGCAGUGCCCAGCAAGUCAAUGACUGCCACCACAGAGAAGAUGCCGGCGUGAAGUGUGCAGAGCCACCCCAGCUACGACUGGUGAACGGGUCAGGUCCAUGCUCCGGGAGAGUGGAGCUGCUGCACAAUGAGCAGUGGGGAACGGUGUGCGACAAUGGCUGGGACCUGCCAGAUGCGGAGGUGGUGUGCUGGCAGCUGGGCUGCGGGACUGCAAUCUCAGCCAAUGGCUCAGCGCAGUUUGGGCAGGGAUCUGGCACUAUAUGGCUGGCUGAGGUGCAAUGUCAAGGGACAGAGGCUACCUUGGCUGCAUGCAGGGCCAAGCCAUGGGGAGUCCAUCAUUGUAGCCACCAAAAUGAUGCCAGUGUGGUGUGCACAGAGCCAAGAGAGGUGCGGCUGGUGAACGGCUCCGGGCGCUGCUCGGGGAGGGUGGAGGUGCUGCACAAGAAGCACUGGGGCAGUGUCUGUGAUGACGGCUGGGACCUGCUGGAUGCAGAAGUGGUUUGUCGGGAGCUAGGCUGUGGGGCGGCGCUGUCUGCCCCCGGCUCAGCUCACUUUGGGCAAGGGCAUGAUCCCAUCUGGCUGGACAGGGUGAGCUGCACUGGGACAGAAGGGGCUCUCUCCAAGUGCCCAGCCAGGACCUGGGGUGUCCAUACUUGCAGCCAUGCAGAAGAUGCUGCUGUGGUGUGCUCAGAUCCCACUGAAGUGCGGCUGGUGAACGGCUCCGGGCGCUGCUCAGGAAGGGUGGAGGUGCUGCACGAGCAGCGCUGGGGCAGUGUCUGUGAUGACGGCUGGGACCUGCUGGAUGCAGAGGUGGUGUGCUGGCAGCUGGGCUGUGGGGCUGCACUGUCGGCCCCCGGCUCAGCUCACUUUGGGCAGGGAUAUGGUCCCUUCUGGCUGGACAGAGUUCACUGCACAGGGAGGGAAGCUGCCCUCUCUGAAUGCAGUGCCGCACCUUGGGGAGCUCAUAACUGCAGCCGCGGGCAGGAAGCCAGCAUCGUGUGUGCAGAGCCACCUCCCCUCCGACUGGUGAAUGGCUCCAGCCACUGCACAGGGAGAGUCGAGGUGUUACACAAUCAGACAUGGGGCAACGUGUGUGCUGAGGGCUGGGACAUACAGGAUGCAGAAGUGCUAUGCCGGGAGCUGGGCUGUGGGGUGGCUCUCUCAGCCUCCAAAGUAACACACUUUUGGCGAGGACUCCUCUGGCUGGAGGGUGUGAAUUGCUCAGGGAUGGAAGACACCCUCUCUGCAUGUCCAGCUGGUUCCUGGGGAGCCCAUGCAUGUGCCCACAGGGAAGGUGCUGCUGUGGUCUGUUCAGAAUUCCAGCUGGUGAAUGGCUCCAGUCCCUGCGUGGGGAGAGUGGAGAUGCUACACAACCAGACUUGGGGCAGCAUGUGUGCCGAUGGCUGGGAUGAACAGGAUGCAGAAGUGCUGUGCCGGGAGUUGGGCUGUGGGCUGGCACUCUCAGCUUCCAGCAAGGCUGAAUUUGGACAAGGACAGGAUUCCAUCUGGCUGGUGAACAUCAGUUGCUCAGGGACAGAAGCCAUGCUCUCUGAGUGUCCAGGCACACUGUGGAGAGUCCAGCAAUGCCAUCACAGAGAAGCUGUCAGUGUUGAGUGUUCAGAUCCAGCUGAGCUCCGGUUGGUGAAUGGCUCUAGCCCUUGCAAGGGGAGGGUCGAGGUGCUGCAUGAGCGGCGAUGGGGCAGUGUGUGUGAUCAUAGCUGGGGCAUGGAGGAAGCCAAGGUGGUAUGCAGGCAGCUGGGCUGUGGCCCAGCCAUCUCAGCCCCUGGGCAAGCACAGUUUGGACAUGGCCAUGACCCCAUCUGGAUGGACGAGGUGGACUGUGUCGGGACAGAAGAUGUGCUCUCCAAGUGCCCAGCCAAGCCCUGGGGAACCCAUGAAUGUACCCACAGUGAAGAUGCCAGUGUGGUAUGCUCAGAGCCUCCCACUAUCCGACUGGUGAAUGGUUCAAGCCGCUGCACGGGGCGAGUGGAGGUGCUACAUGCCCAGCAGUGGGGAACUGUGUGUGAUGACGACUGGAAGCUGGUGUAUGCUGAUGUGGUGUGCCGGCAGUUGGGCUGUGGGGCAGCCAUCUCAGCCCUCGGGUCAGCAGCAUUCGGACCAGGGGCUGACCCCAUCUGGCUGGAUGAUGUCAAAUGCACCGGGAGGGAGGCUACCCUCUCUGAGUGCAGGACCAAGGCAUGGGGAGAGCACAACUGUGACCAUGGGGAGGACGCUGGCGUGGUGUGCACAGGUACAGCCAUGCCCAGCUCCACUAUCCCUCUGCCAGUGCUUCUGCUACUGGGGCUGGUGGUAUCACUGACUCUGGUGCUGAUGAGUGCAGCUGUCCUCUUCCUAAAAUGGAGGAGAAAGAGGUACAAAGUCCUCCAUCACUCAGGAAAUGAGGUGGAACUGAACUCCCAAAGGACACACUGGAUCCAGGGAGUUGAUGCCAUGCAAGGGGGAGAUGGUGUGGCUGCAGAUACUCUAUGAAGACAUGAUGAAGAGCAUCUCACUACAGGAGUCAGCCACCUUCCAGAAGGCACAGUUCUCUGCCUGGCAGCAACCACUGCACAUAAUGAUAGGACCUAUCCACACCACCACCACCAUGUCCAAAGCAUCCAAAGUCAUCCUGAGGGUCCUCCUGGAGGAAAAGCCACUGCAGGAGUCCGAAGCCCAGGAACAGCACCUGCUCCUCACCCCACAGCACUGCCAGAGGGAAACCAACACAAGGGCACCCCACUGCCCCAGUGAUGAAGCAGAUCCAAUAAAGGCACAGU